CGUCCUCUUGCCUACCUACUCAAUAUGAAGCGUUGAACGCGAGUUACAACAGCGACUUUUAAACGCGGACUGCAGCAGUUCUUGUGCGAAAUAACUACAGCGACAGACAAAGAUGGGCUUCGAGCGGCUGCUGUGGUGUUACUCCAGGCGGUUUCGGUUCCGUAGCGUUCAGCUAAACCAGGUUGGAAACACGUCGGUGUCGGCGCACACUUCGCCUGUCGGCAGCGCGUCCUCCCGGUUUGGUGCUUCUCCCGGACUGUUGGGCGGGAUAUUUGCCCACACAGGUCCCCAGCUGGCCGUACGUCGGAGCAUGUGCACCUCCCCCCAGCCGCCCAGAGAUGUCACCUUGUUCGAGCACGACAGGACCCGCUUCUUCCGGCUUCUCUCGAUCUUCUGCGGCGGACAGUUCGUCUUCUGGACGUACUUGGCUCAAUUCGCCUACACGGGGCUCAGAGACACGGGCGGUACUAAAGAGAAAGGGAAAACCAAGACGCCCAGCACCGCCACCACGGGGCUAGCAGGAAUGUGGAGCUUUGAGAUGAACCUGGGCUCAAACACCUGGAGGUAUGGCUUCACGCUGGGAUGCCUGACAAUAGGAGCAGGCAUAGUGGGACUCGGGGCUCUGUUCUGUCGGCGCUCUGUCAGCAAAGUGGUUUUACACCAGGGUGGGAGGAUGGUGACAGUCUGCACACAGUCACCUCUGGGACCAAGCCAAGGCCGGAGAAUAACAGUCCCUCUAUCUCAUGUAGCCUGCCACGCCCACAGGCAGGAGACCACUUCCUUUAUUCCUCUCAGGGUCAAAGGUCACAAGUUCUAUUUUCUUUUGGACAAAGAGGGGACUGUGAACAACGCCAAGCUGUUUGAUAUCACCGUUGGUGCAUACAGGCCACUUUAAACACACCUGAAACAGCAGUCUACAGGUGUGUGUUCACGUGGCUGCCACACUAAUGUAUCAGUGUGUUUUUCAUCUGAUCUGUACAAUCCGAAUUAAAUGUUUGACAACAAA